UGUGAAGAGAAAAAGACGACGCCAACUCUUCUUAGAUAAGAUUUGGGUUGGAGGACUCGCAAAGAAGCGCUUGAAGAGAUGCGCGCCGAGCAUCCAACUCUUCUUGAUGCGUUUAUAUUGACGGUUCCUUUUGUUUCAUCUCUAACCACGUUGGCGGCGCCUUGUUGAGGUUCUGUUGUGCGUUUCGAAAAAUGGUUUUAUCUGUGUGACGCGAUCCAAGGGUUUUGGGCUUUGGGUUCUUCCAUCCCCGUGUAUUCUCUCCCUUCUUUUAUCUGGUUUGAUCUUGCGGACGAGUGCUUCCCCCGAGUCUGCGGUUCUUUCUAGGGUUUUGAUUCCUCUUGGAACUGAAAGUGCCCAAGAAGUCCCCGCUGUUGUUUUGGGGGGUUCUUCUUCUCAUUAUUGGAAUUUUUAGAUUCCGUGGAGUUACGGCUGUCGAACGUGAUCGACAUUGCAAAAGACCCUCGGUCAGAUGAUUUCGUUGCUCAAGUUCUUGGUGUUGUUUUAGCUGUCCCGUUUCUGACGGAGGGAUGGGGGAGGAUGGUGGGCGAGGGAGAGGAAGAGGGAGGAAGAAGGCGGACGGAGGUGGUGGUCGCGGAAAGAGACGCGGAACGAAGAAGGCGGAGGAUCUUUUAGGAGAACCAACCGUGGCUUCGGAUGGACCUUCGAUUGCCUUUUUUGAUUACUGUGGGGAGGGCCAUUUGAGGACGCUGGAUUUGAUCUCUUCACUGUACAGCAGGGAAGAUGAGGAAGGCGGUCUGGAGGAUGAGAUCAAGCGCUUCUCGUCUUUGGUUACCUUUGUAAGAGGAUGGAAGCAGUUUUGCAAUUACAAGCCACAGGGUAUCAGGUUUUCGCAUGAUGUUGGAACCCCAGGAAGAUCAGACCUAAGAUAUACAUUUGAACUAUCACAGUUCUCUGCUGCAAGUAUCCUUAAGGUAGAGAGUGAACCUAGCAAGAGUAAACCCACAAAAGCAUGUGAUGGCUUUGUCUUGCAAGUUGGUGGGCCAGUAUGGGCAUUGGAUUGGUGUUAUGGCACUCAACUGGCACAUGAAUCUGGCAUCAGUUGUGAGUAUCUUGCUGUUGCUGCCCAUCCAUCUGACUCUCCAUUUCAUAAGAUCGGCACUGCACUGUCUGGCCCAGGUUUUGUCCAGAUAUGGUUACUUUUAAGUGUCAUUUCAAAGCAGGAUUCCUUUUCAUCUUCUCACGAAGCCAGAUUGAAAAGGCGGCCUGAUGGGAGGAAGUCUGCACGUGAAGAUACAAAUGGCAAUGUAUCCAUAUCUAGCACUAUUGGAAAAGCUGCUGGUGCUGAUUUAAAUGGUAUUCAAGGAAAUGUUGGUGGUUUAGCUGUAAAUAUGAUUGCUGAUGAGACAGAAAGUUUGUCCACACAGAAGUUAGGCUUGAUUCCUGCUAAGAAAAAGAGAAAGUUGAAAGAUCAAGCAAGGACAGGGUCUUCCUGUGCCGAUCCACUUUCUCCAUCAGUUCAUCUUGGUGAUUCUAAAUCACUUCUGCAUGGUGAUAGUAGUCCAUCAAUUGAUGCUCUGAAGGAGCUGGCUCUGCCCAAAUUUGUUCUAUCCUUGGUUCAUGAUGGGAGAGUUGCUUUGGAUGUUAAAUGGAAGCCUUGCUCUAAGCAAGGAAACUGCUGCCGCAUGGGUUUUCUGGCAGUGGUACUUGGAGAUGGCUCCAUACAAGUGUGGGAAAUUCCUACUCCCAGGAUCAUCAAGGCGCUAUUUGUAUCUGGUCAUAUUAAGGAUACAGAUCCACGUUUUAUGAAACUGAAACCAGUGUUUAAAUGCUCAAAGCUACUUCGAGGAGACAGCCAAAGCAUUCCUCUUACAUUGGAGUGGUCGCGUGCAGUUCCAAAUGAUUUACUACUGGUUGGCUGUCAUGAUGGAACGGUUGCUAUGUGGAAGUUCUUGCCGAAAGAGUCUUGUGAAGAUACAAGACCUUUGCUUUGUUUCGCAGCAGACACACUUCCUAUCAGAGCCAUAUCUUGGGCACCGAAUGAAAGGGAUGCAAAUUGUGAAAAUUUAGUGGCAACAGCUGGACAUAGUGGAAAUAUACGGUUUUGGGACAUACGCGAUCCUUUUCGGCCUUUGUGGGAUAUUCAUCUAUCACGGGGUUUCAUAUUGAGCAUGGAUUGGGUACAUAAUCCAAGCUCUGUUAUAUUCUCAAUGGAUGAUGGCACUCUUCGAAUCCUUAGUCUGUUGAAAGCUGCAUCUGAUGUUCCUGUGACUGGGAGACCAUUCAGCGGAAAACCAUGUCAGGGGUUGCAGACAUAUUAUUGUUCAUCUCAUGCAGUGUGGAGUGUUCAGGUUUCUCAAGUAACAGGUAUGGUUGCCUACUGUAGCGCCGAUGGUUCUGUCCUCCAUUUUCAGUUGACGAGUAGGGGCGUGGAGAAGGAUAAAAGAAGGCAUCGUACUCCCCACUACCUUUCUGGGUCGCUGACUAAAGAUACUGAUGCUCUUACAUUGUCUAUCCCGAAAAUGGGCACCGCUUCUCCAAUGAAGAGAGUGUUGGAUGAAUCGGGCAAGAUUCCCAGACCCCUUCGCGUGUCUUUGUCGGACUUAACUCAUGCAAUUACUGCAAAUCCAUUAUCUUCAGCUCGAUACCUGGUUGAAGAUGCAGUAAUCGAUUCUGUAGAUGAGCUUCCCUUAGUUGCUCAGAAGAAUGCAAAGUCAAGGGUGUCGAGAAGCAGUCAGAAUAAACGCAAGGGAACAGCUGAGAUGGAUACUGUAGAUGAUGACGAUGGACAGAACUUGCAAAUGGUGGUCACUGGAUUGAAGGAAUCACCGAUUGCCGCAGAAGUUUUCCCACCAAAGAUUGUUUCUAUGAACAGAGUGAGGUGGAACCCGAACAGAGGAAGCGAGAAAUGGCUUUGCUAUGGGGGAGCGGCUGGAAUAAUUCGUUGCCAGGAGAUAUCUAUGCCUAUUCUGGAGCGUUAGUUUUUGUUCUCCACUUAUGACUUGGAAGUUAUGUACAAUAGAAGAUUGUGAGAAGCAGGCCAUGGUGACAAUCUGAGAACCAAUCAUUUAGAAAAAUGUCAUUUACUUCGUUGAUAAGUGUCCUCGUUUGCGUACUUUGAUAAAUGGUAAGAAUAAAUUAUUUGAUAGAGAAAACUUGGUACA